AGGAAACGAAACAAACACCGAAUCCUUCAAAAUUCAAGAGCUGAUUUUUAAGAAAAGAAGCAAUGGCAUUGAGAGGAGCUGUUGUCACAGCUUGUAACGUUGGAGGAAGACACAGAAACCCAUCUCUCCUAUCAAUUCCUCACUAUUUUAAACUCAAAUUCCAUUACCCUCCUUCACAUGCUCUCCAUAGAUUCACAGCUUUUCCUAUAUACCAACCCGGACUUAAAUAUCCAAUCCGUGCAAUAAGCGAGGCUACUGUGGAUCCCUUAACACCCAAGAAAGAAGAUGAAGAACAAUCACCUCAGAAUUGGACAAUUAAAAUGUUAUAUGAUGGGGACUGCCCACUUUGCAUGCGUGAGGUCAACAUGCUCAGGGAGAGGAAUAAGGACUAUGGUACGAUCAAAUUUGUUGAUAUAAGUUCUGAUGAAUACUCUCCAGAGGAGAAUCAAGGCCUAGACUACAAAACUGUAAUGGGAAGGAUUCAUGCCAUCCUCUCUGAUGGAACUGUAGUCACUGAUGUUGAAGCAUUUAGAAGACUAUAUGAACAAAUUGGUCUUGGUUGGGUUUAUGCCAUUACCAAAUAUGAACCUAUUGCAACAAUAACUGAUGCCGUAUAUGGUGUUUGGGCUAAAUAUCGUCUUCAAAUCACAGGCCGGCCACCUUUAGAAGACAUUUUGGAAUUACGAAAGAACAAGGAUGUAGUAUGUAAUGACAGAAAUUCAUGUAAGAAGUGAACUUGCUCGAUAAUUGCAAGAAGUCUGAGCUUUCCAGGCUUGCUCUUCAUUUUCUUACAUAUAUGAUCUUCAAAAAUGAGUUGCAUGUGGGCUCAUAGCCAGAAGUCGUAAUAAGAUGAAGAGGUGUGGCAGUUCACAUACACUUUUCAAUUGAUUUUAGUCAUCAAAUUGUGUAGUGAUAUGAUCAUUGUGUAAUGCAUAAUGAUGUGAUAAUUCACUUUUGUUGGAUGGGAAAAAGGAGAUAACCAAGAAAUCUGUCUUUAGAAUUAAUAAAUUAGAGCUUUUUCUUAUCAUUCCAAGCCACUUUCCUCUUUGAACUUCCAAAUGUUGACAUGGAUUAUUAUGAAAAGAUGAAUCUAGAGAGGUCUAGACGUUUUGUGGCAAUUAGUCUCUGUUUGUAUAUAAGGUUUGACAAUCUAAUUGAUUCUCAAACUUUAAUA